AGGUUUUGCCACCUUUCCUGCAAUGUAUGGCCAAGACGUUGCGAUUCUUUCCAGCUUAUCUUUAUUCGACCCCUGCUAUCGCGAGCCGACGUACAUGGCAUGCUGUCUCGCGUGCAUCCGAUCACGAGGGGACCAGCGAUCGAAGAAGCGAUUGAUGGGGCGGCGAGGAGGUACCAAGAGAGGGCCCAGCAGGAGGAUCUCUCGCGCGCGAGGGAGUACCUGGAGCGAGAGGGCAUCAGGCUCGUUCGGUCAGAUCAGGGCUGGAGCAGGAGGAUGCGCGAGGCGGUGAUGACUUGGAUCCUGGAGGCGUCGGAAGAAGGGUCCUCCGACGCUGAGUUUCACCUUGCCGCCUCCAUGUGGAAGGGACAUGGGAUCUGCCAUGACACGAGCCUAGCGUGCGCCUUCUAUGCUCGGGCGGCAGAGAAGCAGCACCUGCUGGCUCAGUACAACCUGGGAGUCUGCUACCUGCUUGGCAGGGGAACCGAUCCCAAGGAUGCUGAAGCCGCGCGGAUGUUCAUGGGUGCGGCUCAGGGGGGUGUGAAGCAGGCGCAGUAUGCGAUAGGGUCGUGCUUUUACCUGGGUGAAACAAGCAGGCCUUCUGGUUGGCCCAGGCGUGUCAGCAAGGGUUCAAUCCCAACGAGCCCCCGGCCGAGUCUCGCACGCACGCCACCAUCGUACCUAGAAGAGACUUCAGGAG